UUUGUGCGCGAUGACUUGGUGGCGAAGGGUCAGGCAGAGGUUCGGUGGGUUCGGACAGAUGACAUGGUGGCGGACAUCCUUACCAAGGCUCUCCCGCAUGAGAAGCAUUGGAAGUUUGUCCGUGCUAUGGGACUUAGGCUGCGCUCGAGUGGGAGU